GUAGUCGUUGGCUGCCUGCGGCGCGGGCCGGCAGAUUUGUUCCUGACCUUCCAUAAAAAUGUCCAAGCAACAGCCUGCUCAGUUUACCAAUCCAGAAACCCCUGGCUAUGUUGGAUUUGCAAACCUUCCCAAUCAGGUUCACCGGAAGUCUGUGAAAAAGGGGUUUGAAUUUACGCUUAUGGUGGUUGGUGAAUCUGGAUUGGGAAAAUCUACAUUAAUAAACAGCCUCUUCUUGACAGAUCUCUACCCAGAAAGGAUAAUCCCAGGAGCCGCUGAGAAGAUUGAACGCACUGUGCAGAUCGAAGCCUCAACAGUUGAAAUUGAAGAAAGGGGUGUGAAACUACGUCUGACAGUUGUAGAUACACCAGGAUAUGGGGAUGCUAUCAAUUGUCGAGACUGUUUUAAGACCAUAAUCUCUUACAUUGAUGAGCAGUUUGAGCGAUACCUGCAUGAUGAGAGUGGUUUGAACAGAAGGCAUAUCAUAGAUAACCGGGUUCAUUGCUGCUUCUAUUUCAUUUCACCGUUUGGUCAUGGCCUUAAGCCUCUGGAUGUUGAGUUUAUGAAGGCCAUACACAACAAAGUAAAUAUUGUACCAGUGAUUGCAAAAGCUGAUACCCUUUCUCUGAAAGAGCGAGAAAGACUAAAGAAAAGGAUUCUGGAUGAAAUAGAAGAGCAUGGCAUCAAGAUUUAUCACCUGCCUGAUGCUGAAUCGGAUGAGGAUGAAGAUUUUAAAGAGCAGACCAGACUCCUGAAGGCCAGCAUUCCAUUUUGUGUAGUGGGAUCCAAUCAACUCAUUGAAGCCAAAGGUAAAAAAGUUAGAGGUCGACUUUACCCAUGGGGUGUAGUUGAAGUGGAGAAUCCAGAACAUAAUGACUUCCUGAAGCUGAGGACCAUGUUAAUCACCCAUAUGCAAGACCUUCAGGAGGUGACCCAGGAUCUUCACUACGAGAACUUCCGCUCUGAGAGGCUCAAACGAGGCGGCAGGAAAAUAGAAGACGAAGAAGUAAAUAAAGACCAGAUUCUACUUGAAAAAGAAGCUGAACUUCGUCGCAUGCAGGAGAUGAUUGCGAGGAUGCAGGCGCAGAUGCAGAUGCAGAUGCAAAGUGGAGAAGGAGAUAGCAGUGCAGUUCACGGACACCAUGUAUAAAGUCUUUGAGUACUUUACACCCUGACUUAAAGGAGACUUUCUGGAGUUGAAUUACGGUGGUGUGUUACACCAGAAAGGAUGCCUUUUGCUCAACAUAUGACUUGGAGUUUGCUUUAGAGUUCAACGUGGAAAUGCAUUGUGAUAACUCUUGUGAUACGUAUUUCAUAACAUGUAGUCAGUCGGUAUUUUAUAUAUUACACACAUUUGAGUUUGUUUUUGUUUAGUAAUUCUUAUAUUGAGCUUAUUUUCUGUUUCCCAUUGUAUUAGGGAUACAAAAUAGACAUUGAAACUUUUCCAGCCUGAUAGGGCAUUAGAUAAUUUUUUUUUAAUAGGGCUUAUUAGCUCCCUGCUUUUAACUUCGUAUUACAUUUAGAAAUAAACAGCUGUCAGUGAUAUCUUGUUCAGUGGCAUGUUAACAGUCACCUCACUAGGGAUCCCUGCAAGGUUUGUUUUAUAUUUUUUGCAGUGUUUACAGGUGUGUGUCUGUGAGACCACCAGCCCUUUUUCUGUCCGCUCAGUGCAGAUGAUUUCCUUGGCCUCUGCCAAGUAUCAAAUUAAAAUUCAAGCAUGCCUUGUGUCUUAACAAAUGAAAUAAGAGGAAAUGCCUCCUUAAGAGGCACACUGUAUUUUAUAUGACAGGCAUUAUUUCCUUCAGAUUUAACCUUAAGGGAUGUAUAUUCUUUAUUGUUUGCCUAAAAUCUCUUACUCUAUUGCAGAUAAUUUUUAAGAGUUUCUUGUAGGUUAGCACAAAUCAGUCCUUCUAUUUUCUGGCAUUACUGUAGCCAAAUAAACUUGAAUAAUGCUGAUACUGUUAAAUGAGGGAAGCCCUGAAGAGUAGUUUUCUAUACAUGGGUGUUUCCUAUAUCCAAAUGCGUAAGAAAUUCUAUAAUUCCUAAUGAGUAUUUUCAUACGAUUUUUAGGGCAUUGCAAAUUGUUAAUUGUAGUAUAAAAUAUAUACUAGCACACUUCUCUUUUGAAAGUGAUCUGUGCCUGACAGGAUCAAUGCAAACUGUAUUUUAAGGUCUUGCUCCAAGAUGGAGUUAGCAGUAUUACUUUGGAAGUGACUCUGAUUAAGUCACACUGUUGUUGCUGUUGUUGUUGUUAGGCCAAGGUCGCUUUCCUUACCACUGAUAGUAAAGGAAACUGGUUUUUAGCUUGGCUGGACUUCUACUGCAUAUCAUGUCUGGUAUUGUAUUUGCAGUACGUAAUAACAGCUAUAGUACGCAGCUACGUAGGUGGUAGCUGAUGGGGUAAACAGUAAUACGUUGUGGUUGGUUUUUCCACUACUUCUGAUAAAGCCAGCAAUCAGAUUUCCUAAUCUGAUCUGUUAUAAAACGUUGUUAUCUGAACAGCUAAUAAAUAGAAUUGCAACUUUUUUCUCUUCUCUGAGCUCAGGUGCAGCUGUGACUUUUAUAAUUUUUUUUAAUGUUUCUUUAAAAAAAUUAAUAGGAUUUCUACAGCUAAUGUAUACUUCCAGUGGUACUUAAGUGGCUAGACUAAAUAUAAACCUGCUAAGCAACUGAAAUUUUUACCUGCCUGAAAUUACUGUUUAUGAAUUGUUACAUAUUUGAGUCUUUCUAAAAAUGUGAAGUAAAAUCCUGCAUCAUAGCCUUUGCCAGGGAGCUCCAGUUUUCUUCUCAAAAGCAAUUACUGUCAAAGUUUUGUACAACUCAUUUGACCUUUCCUAACCUUGACAAAAGUAAAAAUGAGAACCUUUUUGUAUGUUGAGAUGCACAGAAGCGUUAAGUCCCAUUUUGUCAAACAUUUUCAUUUAAAACUUAGAUGGAAAAACAUGCACUUCUAAGUUUUUGUCUUGGUUUUUUGAAAGAAUGUGUAGAAACAAAGUAAUGUGGCAGUAUUGUCAGAAAACACUCCACAACACCUUAUUUAUUUCUAAGUCUUACAUUUUUGUGAAUCAGUUGUCAUAAAUUCACCAAAAGAACUUGCUAUAAACUUAAGUCAUCAAAAACUUUCUGAAGUCCCAUGCUGUUCUUCAGUUGCCACAAAUCUGUUUGGUUUUUUUUCUGAUAAUGCAGCAUUUGUCCACUGUUAAGCUGUUUGUCUGGUAUCUCUCUGUCAGAUGUUCUGAACACAGCAUGCUUCAGACACUGUCCACUUUGCCAAGGAGAGCAACUCCGGGACAUUCGUGUUUUCACCUAUAAG